AUGGCAAAUACUUUAAAUACCUUCUUUCAUUCUGUCUUCAACCCUAAGAGCUUGGAAUCAUUUAAUAAAUCUCCCUUACCCUCAACGUCAUCAAUGCCCGAGCUUUCCAGUAUCCAACUCUCGGAAAUUGAAGUUGUUGGAGUUCUUCGCAAACUAAAUUCACGAAAGGCGUGCGGUCCAGAUAACAUUCCGAACAGACUGCUGAUCGAACUUGCGGACGUUAUUGCACCUUCGUUAUGUGAAAUAUUUAACAUGUCAUUGAAUCUUGGAGGAAAAUCCACAACCACACAGCUACUUGAAGUAUAUCAUGAAAUUCUGGAAUCAGUCGCAAGUGGGAAUGAAGUUGAUGCCAUAUACCUGGAAUUUUCAAAGGCAUUUGACAAAGUACCACAUCAUCUUCUUUUGCGAAAGCUUGAGACUUUGGGAAUCAGGGGAUCUCUAUUAUCUUGGUUCCAAAGCUACCUCACAGAUAGACAACAAAGAGUCGUUCUUCACGGUGUUUGCUCUGAAUGGCUUCCCGUAACAUCAGGUGUGCCACAAGGUUCUAUACUCGGACCCUUGCUAUUUCUUGUUUACUGUAACAACGUUCCAACCUACAUCGAAAAUAAUUCCACACUUGCGUUAUUUGAGGACGAUUCAAAGCUUUACCGACCACUUUUAUUCCCCACAUCUUCUACUUUACUUCAACUUGAUCUUUCCAUUAUAAAAACUGGACUUCUGAUAAUCAAAUAGAACUAAACGCAACAAAAUGUAAGACCAUGCACAUCUGAAGAAAAAGAGCACUUACGCGAACACAGUAUUCAAUCAAUGAGAACAUGCUCGAACAAGUGUCGACCUUCAAGGACCUUGGUGUGCUCAUAUCCAACAACUUAUCCUGGUCGAAGCAUAUAGAAAGCAUUGUAUCCAAGGCUAAUAAAACACUUGGUCUCAUCAAAAGGAUUUGUAAAGAAGUGAAGAAUACCAACAAAAGAAGGAUUGUGUAUUGUGCGCUGGUAAGACCCAAGCUAGAAUACGCAAGCUGCGUGUGGUCGCCUUACACCAUUAAGAAUCGUUUGCUCAUCAAGAAUGUUCAACGGCGGGCCGCAAAAUUCAUCUUGAAUUAUCCUGACAACAUGUCGUACGUGGACCGGUUGCAGAAAACAAAUCUUCUACCACUGGAAUUCCGAAGAGAAAUUUCUGAUCUGAUACUGCUGUUCAAAUCCAAAAACCACCUCACAACAAUGGAUAUAAACAAAUAUUUAUGCACUUACAACCCCGGCUAUCAAUCUCACAACUAUGACGAAAAUAACUUCCACCUCAUUAUAAAACAUAAUCAGGAAUACUUUCAAAAGUCUUACUUUAUUAGAUCAGCAAAACUUUGGAACAGCCUACCAACUGAAAUUAAGAAAUCCAGUAGUUUAUGUUCGUUUAAAACUCGUUAAAAUAACUUAUAUAGUAUCAAGUCAAAAUCAUACAAACUUCCUAAUAACCGUAGCUAAUAUUUAGUUUUGUGAAGAAAAUGUUUGUAAUAUAAGAACUAAGUAUUUAGUUUAGUUCAGUAAAGUUCACUCACUAGCUCGGUGUAAGAGCAACCGUAAAUCAGUUAGAAUAUAAAUAAUGAUCAAGUUCAAAUUAGUGUUAAGAUUUCGUUUGUUCUCACACCGAGAAAGUGCCUAUGAAGUAUAUAUGGGGUGAGGUUAAUAUUGGGACGUAAGUCCUGUUCCACAUUCCAGUCACGUGUGUUGUCUUGUAGCUUGUUAUGUAUAUUGUUUAUCAGUGUCAUUGUAAAUAUUUGUGACAAAUGUAAUAAUAAUAAUAAUAAUAAAUGUCUUAUAUGUAGUUUUUUGUUAGCUUUCUAUUGAUGCAAUUCAUUUGUAUUAGAAAUGUAUCAGCAGAAAUUUCACAUUUUUUAACUGUAAUAGAGUUUAAACAAAAUUCGAAGAAAAACGUGUCGGCAGGAGCCCGCAAGAAAUUUUAACGCGGCCAACAUACAGAAACGUACUUACUAGUCUUCAGGGCACAAUAUGAAGGCAAAAUGGAAUUGUCCCACGAUAUAGUAAGUUUUCCAUAAUUUUGAGCCUCUAUCGAUCUGCCUGACUAUUUGCAAUUGCAUAACAUUAACAACCAAUAUAUACCAGAGUUUUCAUGCAGGCAUGAAAUUCCAGCGCCCUUAUGGCCUUAUAUUCCCGUAACUAUAUUUAUAAUGUUUAUUUAAGUAAGCUUAUAUAAAAACUCUUUUAUACUUUUACAUAUAGUCGCGGAUUCCUUGGAAAGUCUUUACACAAUUAUAAAGACAGAGUCAGUUUACGUUAUCCAGAUGGCUGCCCUGUAAUGUUUCUUUUCGACAAUAUGAACAUUCACAAUGGAAGACCAAGGUAUGAAAGACUAAAGCGAAAAGUACCACCAACGAUGUGGAACUUCACAGUAAGGGCAGUUAUGAAACCAGAUAUUACUGGCAUUGAUGGAAUGUCGGCGAAAAGUAUGGAUCUCACUGAACAACGACCAAUAAAAGAUUUAAAAGCUGAAGAUUUUUUUUUAGGUAAACAACUGUUGUCACAUAGUUGAACAAAGCGGCGCGUCCUAAAUCUUUACCGCAUUGCCAUUGUAUUUCUUGUGCGCGAAUGUGUGAGUAAUAAUUAGUACUGUUAUAUUUAGCAUUUUUUUCAAUAUUUCACCUCUACAACCGAUAGUACCACGAAACUAGAUUGGGCCGCCAUUAUACAUUCACGCUUUUGACCUCGAUACAGAAACCUAGAUUUAUAGAAGGUGUUAAUUACUGUUUUCAAUAACGCCCAUAAAAUGGAGAACUACAAAGAGAUCGGUAACAUUUCAUGACAUAUAUUUAUUAAAUUAUACAAAUGUUUCGGCAAAUAUUAAUAUUACUACUACAUCAAUUUCUAAUAACAAAUAUUGUAAAGCUCAAUAAAAAAUAACCCAUUAUGUUUAUUUUAUUUCAUCGUAGGUUUUAUUUCAUAGAUACGACGCUUAUUUGAUUGAAGCCCUUCAUAUGAUCAUACAUGAACUAGACGUCACGUUCCCUGAAUUUAAAGAAAUGACUGAAAGUAAUUUUGACAGCUAUGUCGAAGAGCAACUAUACAAAAGAGAUAGUGAGGAUGGUUCUGAAGAAACUUCUGAGAGUUACUACUUGAUCGAGUGUGUUGGAAUUGAUCAAGAAUACCCGGAAUCUACCAAACAAACGAACGUCAUGGUUCUACCACUCUCAAUUGAAGAUGAAUCACUCACAACUGGAACUGCAUCGGUAUUGCGCGAAUUUGCAAAAGAUCUCGAUAUAACAAUUUGCAAAACAGAUGACCAUCUCACGUACAAGGAGCACAACAAAAAAAUUGACAUAAACGCCGCACGUGAACGUUAUAAGUUUUAUGAAGAAAUGGAUUGA